UGUAUUCUUGUAUUGUAGUGCCACCCCACUGCCUCUAAUUCCUCAACUACCCUUCUCUUUAUUUUCAUUUUCUCUCUAUCUCCCAUUCUCUCUCUCUCUCUCUCUUUUGUUUUCCCACAACGAGAACAGCAGCAACCCUUUGUCUGGAACUCACUCAGCUUUCUAAUUUUUUUUUCAUCGUUAGUUGUUGCAUUACUUUCUUUGUCCUGAAACAUCUGUAUUUUCAGACAAUGAGAACUGUUUUUUAGAAGGGAAAAAAAGAAAAUAAAGAUUUGAUCUUUUUUAACUCUUUAACAUAAACUAAAAUAAACUUACCCCCCCCCCAAAAAAAAUAAUAAUCACUUUUUCUUUGUUUUUGGGUUUUUUUUCUCCUUCUCUCUUCGUGUUUGGAAAUUGUGGAAACAUUUUUUCCUUUGUUUCUUAGCUGCUUCCUAUGGAAGCUGCUGCAGCUUCUGAGGAUUGUUGUGUUAAGGUUGCGGUUCAUGUAAGACCGCUUAUUGGUGAUGAAAAGCUUCAAGGUUGUAAAGAUUGUGUUACUGUCACCCCAGGAAAGCCACAGGUACAAAUUGGGACACAUUCUUUUACAUUUGAUCAUGUCUAUGGGAGCACAGGUUCUCCCUCAUCUUCCAUGUUUGAGGAAUGCAUUGUUCCCCUCGUCGAUGGCUUAUUCCAAGGAUACAAUGCUACCGUUCUUGCUUAUGGACAGACCGGAUCGGGUAAAACGUAUACUAUGGGCACAGGCUUCAAAGAUGGUUGCCAAACAGGAAUCAUUCCUCAAGUAAUGAAUGCUUUGUUCGGCAAGAUUGAAAGCCUAAAACAUCAAAUAGAAUUUCAACUGCACGUUUCCUUCAUCGAGAUUCUGAAAGAAGAAGUGCGAGAUUUGCUGGAUCCUACUUCUUUGAACAAAUCAGAUGCUGCAAGUCCGAAUACAGGGAAAGUACAUGUCCCUGGCAAACCACCAAUACAGAUUCGUGAAUCAUCAAAUGGUGUUAUUACACUGGCAGGAUCUACGGAAGUUAGUGUCAGUACAUUAAAAGAAAUGGCUGCUUGCCUAGAACAGGGAUCAUUGAGUAGGGCAACGGGGAGUACAAACAUGAACAACCAGUCAAGUCGCUCACAUGCAAUCUUCACCAUCACCUUAGAGCAAAUGCAUAAACUCAAUCCUGUUUCUGGAGAUGGAAGUCCUAAUGACAUUAUGAGUGAAGAAUAUCUUUGUGCCAAGUUACAUUUGGUUGAUCUUGCUGGAUCAGAGCGAGCAAAAAGAACAGGUUCCGAUGGUAUGCGUUUUAAAGAAGGAGUUCAUAUCAACAAGGGUCUGCUUGCACUUGGUAAUGUCAUCAGUGCACUUGGUGACGAAAAAAAGCGAAAAGAAGGCGUUCACGUUCCAUAUCGAGAUAGUAAACUUACUCGGCUUUUGCAGGAUUCACUUGGUGGCAACAGCAGAACUGUGAUGAUAGCCUGCAUUAGUCCUGCUGACAUCAAUGCAGAGGAAACCCUUAAUACUCUAAAGUAUGCAAAUCGUGCUCGUAACAUCCAAAACAAGCCCGUUGUUAACCGAGAUCCUAUGUCCAAUGAGAUGCUAAAGAUGCGUCAACAAUUAGAGCAUCUGCAAGCAGAACUUUGUGCACGUGGGGGUUCUGAUGAAGUACAGGUUCUCAAGGAAAGGAUUGCUUGGCUUGAAGCUGCUAAUGAGGAUCUUUGCCAAGAGCUUCAGGAGUUCCGUAGCAGAUGCACCAUUGUGGAUCAACGUGAAACCGAUGCUCAAGAUGGAAGUCCUUGUUCUGUCAAAAGUGAUGGGCUUAAAAGAAACUUGCACAGUAUAGAGUCUUCUGACUAUCAAAUGGGUGAAACCAUAGCAGCUGAUUCUAGAGAAGUUGAUGAAGCAGCAGCAAAAGAGUGGGAGCACACACUUCUACAAAAUACUAUGGACAAAGAGUUGCUCGAGUUGAAUAGACGCUUGGAAGAGAAAGAGUCCGAGAUGAAACUUUUUGGAGGUGACACAAUUGCACUUAAGCAUCAUUUUGGGAAGAAAAUUCAGGAAUUAGAGGACGAGAAAAGAGCUGUGCAGCAAGAAAGGGAUCGCUUAUUGGCCGAAAUUGAAAAUCUUUCUGCCGGUUCUGAUGGACAAAAACAAAAAGUACAAGAUAUCCAUGCUCAGAAACUAAAAUCCCUUGAAGCACAGAUUCUGGAUCUUAAGAAGAAACAAGAGAACCAAGUUCAACUUUUAAAGCAGAAACAGAAGAGUGAUGAAGCUGCAAAACGACUACAAGAUGAAAUUCAAUCCAUAAAGGCGCAAAAGGUUCAGUUGCAACAUAGGAUAAAACAAGAGGCAGAGCAAUUCCGUCAGUGGAAAGCCUCUCGAGAAAAGGAACUGUUGCAGUUACGGAAAGAGGGCCGGAGAAAUGAGUAUGAAAGGCAUAAGCUGCAAGCUUUAAAUCAGCGCCAGAAAAUGGUUCUCCAAAGGAAAACUGAGGAGGCUGCCAUGGCCACCAAGAGGCUAAAAGAGUUGCUGGAAGCUCGUAAAUCUUCUGCCCGUGAUAACUCGGCUAUUGCCAAUGGGAAUGGAACAAAUGGUCAGACCAAUGAGAAAGCGCUACAACGUUGGCUAGAUCAUGAGUUAGAAGUAAUGGUGAAUGUGCAUGAAGUUCGCUUUGAAUAUGAGAAGCAAAGCCAAGUGAGGGCUGCACUAGCAGAAGAGUUAGCUGUCCUGAAGCAAGUAGAUGAGUUUGCUUCAAAGGGGCUGAGCCCUCCAAAAGGAAAGAAUGGAUUUGCCAGGGCAUCCUCCAUGUCACCAAAUGCAAGAGUGGCCAGAAUAUCUUCACUUGAGAAUAUGCUCAGCAUAUCCUCUAAUUCACUUGUAGCAAUGGCUUCGCAACUUUCAGAAGCAGAAGAACGGGAGCGCGCCUUCACUAAUCGUGGACGUUGGAAUCAGUUGCGCUCCAUGGGAGAUGCAAAGAACCUGCUUCAGUAUAUGUUCAAUUCUCUUGGAGAUACAAGGUGUCAAUUAUGGGAAAAAGACAUGGAAAUCAAAGAAAUGAAAGAACAACUUAAAGAACUUGUAGGUCUGUUGCGGCAGAGCGAGCUACGAAGAAAAGAAGUUGAGAAUGAGCUAAGAGAGCAAGCUGAUGCCAUUACAUUGGCUACGGCAGCUACGGGGAACUCUCCAAAUUCAUUGAAACAUGUUGCUGAUGACAUGAACGGUUCAUUAUCUCCAAUGUCUGUGCCAGCACAGAAACAGCUGAAAUAUAGCCCAGGUAUUGUUAAUGGCCCAGCCAGAGAGUCUGCAGCAUUCAUAGGUCAAACACGAAAGAUGUUACCGCUUGGGCAGUUACCAAUGAAGAAGUUAGUAGCUAUAGGACAAGCUGGCAAUGGCAAACUGUGGAGGUGGAAAAGAAGCCAUCACCAAUGGCUCCUACAAUUCAAAUGGAAAUGGCAGAAGCCAUGGAGACUUUCAGAAUGGAUCAGACACAGUGAUGAAACAAUGAUAAGGGCAAGGCCUCGUUCUCAAGCUCUAACACAUAGAGUCUGAUAUUUGAUGUUUACCAGAUUACAUUGGCCAUAGUAAUCUUGGUUAUAUGUAUGUUCCUAAUCCAAGGUGCAGGGUGAAGCCUAGAAAAGAAUGCAGUUAAUGCAGUGUACUGGAACUGGCUGUUGGAACCUGCAUAUGCCGAGUUGGUUUAGUUGAUUUUUUUGAGAAUGUCAAAGUAUAGGUUUGUAAUAUUCCAAUUUUUUGGGGGGCUCUUAUUACUGCAUGCGGAGCAUCUUGUAAAGAAGUGUUGAUGCUGCCAAUGGGGUUCUAAAUACGUUGAAGACAUUAGCAUGAGAUUGUUUCAACGGUGAUAAAAAUAAGUAUAUUGGAUCUUGCUUGAGCUGUCUCUUAAGGUUUUGGUGUAUGUUCCAUCAAUAACACACUUUUAGGGAAGAAACUGUUUGUAAUUCAUAGAAAUUUGUAUGAAAGCUAUAGUCUAAUUGUAA